UUCAUUACCUUUGUUGGCUUAUUAGCCUUGUCCGGUUCCUGCAUGGCUGGCGUUACCACCUAUGCCUACAAUCCCUUUGUCAGAACCUAUGCUGCUGCUGCUCCCACUGCCUACGUUAAGUCAGCUCCCAUAGUUGCUGCUGCUCCCGUUGUUAAGUCAUAUGCUGUGCCCGUUGUUAAGGCCGAAGAAAUCGAUCCUCAUCCUCAAUACCAAUUCUCCUAUGGCGUACACGACUCUGUGACUGGUGAUAUCAAGAAUCAAGUUGAAGCUCGUGAUGGUGGCAAUGUUGCUGGCUCAUACAGUGUACUCGAUGCUGAUGGUUAUAAGCGUACCGUUACCUAUACUGCUGAUGAUGUCAAUGGUUUCAAUGCUGUUGUUCAACGUGAUCCCGUCGUUGCUGCCGCUCCUGUAGUACAUGCUGCUCCCGUUGUUCAUGCUGCCCCUGUAGUGAAAACCUAUGCUGCUGCUCCUGUUGUACACGCCGCCCCUGUUGUUAAGACCUUCGCUGCUGCUCCCGUUGUUCAAGCCGCCCCCGUUGUAAAAGCUUAUGCUGCUACUCCUGUAGUACAUGCUGCCCCUGUUGUUAAGACUUUUGCUGCUGCUCCUGUUGUUCAAGCCGCUCCCGUUGUAAAAACCUAUGCUGCUGCUCCUGUUGUUAAGACUUUCGCUGCUGCUGCUCCAGUUGUUCAAGCCGCCCCAGUUGUGAAGACCUACGCUGCUGCUCCCGUUGUUCAAGCCACCCCUGUUGUGAAGACCUACACUGCUGCUCCCGUAGUCCAUGCUGCCCCUGUCUUCAAAUCAUAUGCUGCUGUCCCUGUUGUUCAAACUGCUCCCGUUUUAAAAUCAUUCUCGACUGUUCCAUUUGCUCGUUCUUCAUUCUUGGCUUCUGCUCCUGUUCAACAAAUUCAUUCCUAUUUCAGUUCUCCCGCCGUAGCUGUGCAAGAACAACAACAUCAAUCGCAACAACCACAAGAAGUACAACAAGAUGUUACUGAAGUUCAAGCUCAAGAACAAGAACCUCAACAAUUCGCUGCUCCUCAACAGCCAGAAAAUGAACCCACCCCUGUAGAAUACCCCGAACAACAACAACAGCAAGAACAAGAGCAACAACAACAGCAAGAACAAGUGCCACAAGAACAAUCCCAAAUGGAGGAACAACAACAAAUGGAAGAACAACCCCAAAUGGAGCAACAACAGCCACAAACUGAAGAAGAAGAACAACAGCAAUACUUCCAAGAACAACAACAACAUUUUGAAGAUCAACAACAAUUACUUGCCCAACAACAACAACAAUUCGCCGCUCAACAGCAAGAAGUCCUUCAACAACAACAGAAAUUGAUUGAACAGCAACAACAAUACUUCCAACAGCAACAACAACAACAACGUUUCCCUCCCUACCCACAAUACGAAGUUCCCCAAAACCAAUUGAACCAUCCCCAACAAGCUCACGACAACGACUCCGAAGUUGUUGAAGCCCGUUCUGCUGUACCUGAAAAACAACAAGAAGAACCCGCCAACCAACAACAACAAGAAGACGCUACUAACGCCUCCACCACUGUUGCUCCAGCUCCCGUCAACGAAGAACCCAAAGAGUCCUCCGAUGACAUGACUAAGUCAGCCUAAGUUCCUAGUUUGCGUUUUAAUUUCAAAUGCAAACUAAUGCCUGAAUAUGAUUGCCGUUUUUUGUUUAGUUAUUUUUAGGUAUUUAAAAUCAUUUAUUCCAUUUUUAUAACCCUUUGGAUCAUUAGUUGUUAAUACGAAUAAAAAAAUAUAUAUUUUUCUUAAAAAAAAA